AUGGACGACGAUUUUUCUGCAGCGGGUGACUUGGACAGUCAAGGUGGUGAUAGCGACAGUGUUGUUUCCAUGGCCGACUCGGCAUCGUUUGCGGUGGUAAAGCAAGAAUUGCGCAUGAUGAAUGUGAUUCGGACAUUUGUGUUUGCCUUGAUGAUUACUAUCGGGACCAUUGGUGCCGAAAUUCUGUUUAUUACGGUGCGACUCAACCAAGAGUCGACGUUUGCGUCCGAGUUUGAACGAUUCGGUCAAGAACUGAUUGAGGGCUUUUUGGAUCGUUUGGACGAUCGUCGAUUGGUCGCCCAGAGUCUGGCGGAAUCGCUGCACUAUCAAGCCGACGAAAUGUCAGCCGAAUGGCCCUACGUGACGUUUGCCGAUUUUGCACAACAAACUGAAACAGCGCAACAACUCGCUGGUGCUUCGGCCAUCACGUACGCGCCACUCGUCACGCCCGAUACGAGACAACUGUGGGAAGCCUAUGCGGGUUAUAUCGAAGGGAAACAAUAUCAAGCGGUCAUUACCGAUAUACACGGUUACUCCAAUUCUCCUUCGACGUUUUCUUCUUCUUCCGAAUCAGAACAACAACUAUCAGAACAAGACACGGUCUUUUAUAUAGACUCCAAUCGAACCGUCAUGGAUGGCAUUUAUCGCAUGGAACAUGGACAAGCCAUUGACCUGGAACAACCACAACGACGAGACAUGAUCUUUCCACUGUGGCAAUUGUCACAACCCUCCAAUAACGGUGUGCGUAUGUUUGAUCAAAUGUCGACACCCAUUCGAGCACAAGCUUUGCGCGCCAUGACACGACAACCCAGUGGUGUCCUCUCGGAUUUUCUCUUUCACACGGCCAAUGGCACCGAUUAUGUCGAGUACACGACACCCCACGCCGGACUCUAUCAUGCAAUUCCAACAACUCUGCUUGACCCAUUCGUCGCCGCCAUUUAUUUCGAAUUUUCCUGGACGGGAUUCUUGCAAGACAUUCUCAAAGAGAAUGAUUUGAAGGAUGAUGCCACACUGCUCGUGGUCGUCGAGAGUUCCUGUGAUGGCAUCCCCAAUAAUACUAAGGAAUUCUCCUUUGAAUACAAUGCCCAAAAUCAAGUCAGCUACGUGGGGGUCGGGGAUUGGAGCGACGAUCCCACCACAUUUAGUGCUCCCUAUUCGGUCAAUUCCACCUUUGCACAAUUCGCAGCCGUGAUGCAAUACGACAAUACAACAACGACAACUUCCAACACAACAUCUCUUUGUCACUACCGCCUCCGCGUCUGUGCCACGGAAGAAUUGCGCGAUUCCUAUUUGUCCAAUGCACCCAUGUGGGCCCGAUGGAUUUUUCUGGGAGUCUUUCUCUGCACCAUUGGCGUAUUCAUCUGCUACGAUUGUGCCGUCGAACAACGAUCCAAUCGGGUCGUUGAAACCGCCAAACGCACCGAUGCACUUGUCAGCAAUCUCUUUCCGUCCAAUGUCAAGGCACAAUUGCUCGAAAAUGCCGCCAAACAACGCAAAGCACGCAAAAAACAACAAAAGAAAGCGUACAAGAUGAAUUUACAACAAGAGACGGCACCGCAUGACGAGCGACUGCCACCACCACCAUCACGGGCAGGAUUGGCGCCCGUCAUUCAUACACCGAAACGACGACUCAAGUCAUUUCUGCAUCCCGGAGAUGGCAUUGAUGGAUUGCUCGAUAUCAAUGAUAGUGAACCAAUUGCCGAUUUGUUCCCCAAUGCAUCCGUCAUGUUUGCCGAUAUUUCUGGGUUCACGGCAUGGAGCAGUGAACGGGAUCCGAGUCAGGUGUUCCGACUGCUAGAGACACUGUACAGAUCCAUGGAUAAAGCUGCACGAAGGUUUCGUAUCUUCAAAGUUGAGACGAUUGGGGAUUGCUACGUUGCUGCAACGGGACUGCCAGACCCUCGAGAAGAUCACCUCGAAGCAUUGGUUAGAUUUGCUCGUACAUCACUUUUGAGAACUUCAGAACUGGCCAAGGCAUUAGAGGCUACAUUGGGUCCUGGAACAGCCGAAUUGGCUCUGCGUUUUGGAAUCCACAGUGGCCCUGUCACGGCUGGAGUGCUAAGGGGCGAGAAGGCCCGCUUCCAGUUGUUUGGAGAUACAAUGAAUUUUGCCGCAAGAAUGGAAUCAACAGGAAUCAAGAACAAGAUCCACUUGUCAGAGGCAUCAGCCAACUUGCUACAGAAACGGGGCAAGGGUAACUGGGUUGUCCCUCGAGAUGAAUUGGUUCACGCAAAAGGAAAAGGCGAUUUGCAAACAUAUUGGCUAAAGAUUGGACAAUCAUCUGCUUCUGUGGCAUCGGGAAUGAGCAAUAGUUCCUGUGGGGACUCAUCUGCCGUCGACAGUGGUGAGUUUAGUACGGAAGAAGCGGCGCACCUACGUCGCGGAUUCAAACGGGCACCGAGAGUCUCCAUGUCCACACUGAAUAUGGGUGGUCCGGAACAAGUCUUGAUGGGGGUAAUUGGGGAGACAAAGUUAAGUCGUUCGUUGGAACGACUUGUCGAGUGGAACACGGGCGCACUGUCGUCGCUUCUGAAGCGAGUUGUAGCCAGUCGAGACCCUCAGAUGAGUCCUAGCAAUCAUCGUGGUCUGCAACCCAGGCUAGGGCAGGCAAGAAGUUUCAUUGGUGAGCUGAGCAUGGCCGUUCCACUUCCAGCCUACAAUGCAGAUGCAGUUGCCAGGGCCCACCACGAAGAAGUUGAUUUGCCUGCGGUGGUGGUCACGGAACUGCGAUUCUAUGUGGCUGCCAUUGCUUCCGGUUACCGAAAGAAUUCCUUUCAUAAUUUCGAACAUGCAAGCCAUGUGAUUUUAUCGGCUACCAAACUCUUGAAACGCAUUGCCUAUGCAGAUGGUCACAACAACAAUGAAGAAGGGAUUACCACCUUGGAUUUGCACCACUUUACCUAUGGAAUCAGCAGUGAUCCAUUGACUCAGUUUGCUGUUGUCUUUGCUGCAUUGAUUCAUGAUGUUGGCCAUGAAGGUGUUCCCAAUGGGCAAAUGGCCAAGGAGCUUCCCGAUAUUGCAGGGCUCUACAACAACAAAAGUGUAGCAGAGCAGAGAUCUGUGGAUGUUGCACUGGAGCUGUUGAUGCUGCCAAAGUACAAGCACUUCCGCGAAUGCAUUUGUGCUACCGAAAGUGAACAAAAGCGCUUCCGACAACUCCUCAUUCACUGUGUUCUGGCCACUGACAUUUUUGAAAAGGACCUCAAAGCCAAACGGAAUCUCAUGUGGGAUCUCACCUUCCAUCCCUCGGAUGAAAAGAAGGAAGAGGAAACUUCGGUGCCUGCUGCUCAUAUGAACAAAUCAUUCCGGCAAGAUGACAUGAAUACAAAGGCAACAAUUGUCUUGGAGCACGUGAUUCAAGCAUCGGAUGUUUCCCACACCAUGCAACACUGGCAUGUCUACAUCAAGUGGAAUGAGCGGUUGUAUGAGGAGAUGUAUGCAGCCUACAAGGCUGGUAGAGCGGAGAAGGAUCCAUCGGAUGGGUGGUACAAAGGAGAGCUUUGGUUCUACGACAAUUAUGUAAUUCCCUUGGCCAAAAAGCUGAGGGAAUGUGGAGUCUUUGGUGUUUCCAGUGAUGAGUAUUUGACUUAUGCCGAGAUGAAUCGAGCCGAAUGGGAACAGAGAGGCGAAGAGCUCUGCAAGCGCAUGAAGAAGCGGGUGGAAGAAACGUACGCCGCCAAGGAGGCCAAGGAAGAGCUACGGCGAAUUGUAGAAAGUGAAAGUGAUGACAAUGAUGAUGAUGAACAUAGGCAGAGCUUGUACAGGCGACUUAACAAUUCUCGCAACGACUUGGAUGCCUCCGGUGACGACGAUGACGGCAUGGAUGGGAGCCGCUACUCGGCGCAUUAG